GGAACAGCAUCCAGCAGAACAGUAACCAAACAUGACCAACAUGAACAUGGUCAGGAUCACCUUCUACGAGGAGAGGAACUUCCAGGGUCGUUCCUAUGAUUGCACCAGCGACUGUAGUGAUAUGAGCUCCUACCUGAGCAGGUGUCAGUCCUGCAGGGUUGAGAGUGGCUGUUGGAUGGUCUAUGAGCGCAACAACUACAUGGGAAGCCAGUACUUUCUGAAGAGGGGCGAGUACUCUGACUUCACGCAGCACUUUGGAAUGAGUGAUAGCAUCAGGUCCUGCCGCAUGAUCCCCAUGUACAGAGGAAACUACAGGAUGAGGAUCUACGAGAGAGAGAGCUUCGGAGGUCAGAUGCAUGAGAUGAUGGAUGACUGUGAGUCCAUCAUGGAUCGUUACCGCAUGUCCAGCUGUAUGUCCUGCAAUGUGAUGGAGGGUCACUGGCUGAUGUACGAGCAGCCCCACUUCAGAGGCAAGAUGAUGUACAUGAGGCCUGGAGAGUACAGGAACUUCAGUAUGGGUGGGAUGAGUGGCAUGAAGUUCAUGAGCAUGAAGCGUAUCAUGGAUUCCUGGUACUAAAUACUGUUGCUUUGUUUGCACUAAGCACAAAUAUAUUUGAUAAAAAGUUACGUUAAUUAUUAAUAAAAUAUUUCACAAACCUUU